AAAUUAGUCGCAAAUUGUGUCAACAUUUCAAAGCAUUGUUUGGUGAAGGGUUUCAUUUGAUCCGCGAUUUGAUUGUCUGUUUGGCUGUUAAUCAAGACAUGGAUGAAGAGGAUGGAGAAGACUAUACGAGCCAUCAAUUCAUGCAAAAGAUGUCUUUGAAUGACACGAAUGGCACUCCAGAGGAAUAUUAUACGAAAGACUCGUUCGACAGAUAUGGGGAUGACUUGUUGGAUGAGAUGUGCAUUCACUUCAAGAAUUCCCUUGAAUUCAACGAUCAAUUGAUAAACAAAUUGUCGAUUAAAGAGGGCUUGAGAGGGAUGCGUCGAUUGGGAGACAUUGAGAGCACAGCUUAA